UCCAUGAGAGAGAAAAGAUUUAUUCGACACGUAUAGAGUGGCCAACGGAAUCUCAUUCCUUCAUAUAAAAAUAUCUCAGGCAGACGAGCAAGAAAUAAUGCGUAGAAUCGAAGGGGGAAUGAACAAACAAUCGCGUACAAAAUGAUUCAAAUGCCGUGCAUGAAUCAAAUCGUUUGCUAUUGAAUCUCAUCCCAAGAUUAUAAAGCUUGGUGAGAACGUUGUGUUGAUACAUGAACACCGGUUUCUGAGGUCACUCCGUUGGCUAUUCUAAUUUCAUUUGAAGUCAGGUUCAUUAACUGGAUUUAAUUUAUAGCCUCAUACGAUGGAGAACAAUGGUAUGAAAGCAGAAUUUCGUAAGCCAUCUUCUGAAACAACUGGCAGAAAGUAUAGGCGUCGAUCUUCUGUGAGUGGGUCAUCAUCAUCGGAUGAAAGUCCUAAACGAGACCGCAGUUCUAGUCCAAAGCUCUUGAAAGAUGUUGCUUCAAAAGACUCUGAACGGAAACCAAGAAGGAAAGAGGAUGAAAGGGAUUUGAAUAAGGAUUCUAGAAAUCAUCAUAGUCGAAGUUCUGAUUCUUAUAGAUAUUCUGAUCGGAAAUCCUCUAGAAGUUCGCAUGGUUACUCUAGGCAUGAUGAUUAUGCCAGACAUGACAAAUAUGCAGAUGAAGAAAGAGAUUAUGAGCGGUUAUCCUCUCGUUCUAGUAGGGAGUCAAAGGGUGGUGCACAUUAUGAUCAUGCACGACGAGAGAGUGAACAUUUCCAUUCACGAGAAUAUUUCCGAGAUGUAGAGAAAAGUUCUCGAGAUAAAUAUGAUGGUUCUGGACAUAGAAGUAGGGAUGGGGAUUCAUUAUCUGAGAGACAUGGUUUUGGGAAUAGAAGGCACGUGAACUCUGAAGAAAUUGAGAAACAUAGGAAUACAAGAGAUCGAGAUGGUCGAGAUGAGAAGAGAGACAAUAUGAAGCAUUCUGGAGACUACAAAAAUGAACGGGUUCUCUCCCAUGACAAUCCUAAGGGAAAUCGAUAUGACUUAAUCUUAGGCAGGGAUGAAAGUAAGCACCGUACAAAAGAAAUUCAUAAGAGUGACCGGAAGGACCUUGAUGAUGAAAAGUUCGCUAAAGAGGAGAGGAAACAUGAUGCCAGAGAAACUAACUGGGACAAGGGCCAAGGUAAAGAAUCGAAGGGAAAAUAUGAUGGUAAAGGUGUUUUUGUUGAUGAAAAUCAAGGAUUGCCUGCUAAGAAACCUAAAUUGUUUAGCUUGGGAAAAGAAGUUAAUCAUGAAGAGGAUGUUAUGAAAUUUGAAUAUGCAGCUGAAGAGAAUCAAUCUUCAACCUCUAAGCAAGACCAGGAUGGAAAAAUGAGUGUAGGACUAGGGCAAUCUGGCGACUCUGAUUUUGCUGCUGACUUUAGUGCUGCAAAAGUUGCUGCAAUGAAAGCUGCUGAAUUAGUUAAUAAGAACCUUGUUGGAGUGGGUUAUAUGACCACCGAUCAAAAGAAGAAGUUGCUAUGGGGGAGCAAAAAGAGCACUGCCGUAGAGGAGUCUGGACACCACUGGGAUACGGCAUUGUUUACUGAUCGCGAACGGCAAGAAAAAUUCAAUAAACUCAUGAGUCUGAGGUUGCCUUGGUGCCUAUGGCCAAUUGUAGGGUGUGAAGGGCGAGCGGAAGAUGGAGCCCCGACCGACCAACCAAGAUGGCAACGAACUUCUCCGGGCCGAAAAGCAAAAGGAACUCCAGAUGGAUUUAGAAAAACAAUACACUGCUGGACUUCGAAGAAGAGAUGGUCGAACUGUUGGAUUAGGUCUUUAAGCGUGUUUAUCAUCUGGCUGUGGUUAUUUCUGUGGUUUGAUGAAAUUGUUAUGAGAAUCUUUUCUUUAUGUUGCUGCACAAGAGUUGUGUUGAAUGUGCUUUCCACAACCUUCAACAGUAUGUUCCUCCCCUCUCUGCCUCACUUAAAAACCAUAGGACUGUGGCCUUGUGCAUUUACGAAGGUGAGAAAAUCAUCAGGUUGUCUCCAGUCCCUGAAUUUACUGGCCAGUUUCAUAUCUGAGUUCCAAUUUCUAGUUUCGACGUCUUUGCAGGAAGUGAUGGAUACCUUCGAAUUCUUAGUCAAAUUUUAAAAACUUGUUCAAAUUUUAAAAACAAAAA